AUGCCUAGCGCUGCUACGUCGGCCAUGCAUUCCGCCUAUAAGAUGCCAACCAUACGAGAUAUUCCUCCAGUUACCUUGACGAAUAUCCCCUACAUCGAUUCCGCCCAGUUCGACUCGUACGUAUCAAAGAUGGCCCCUCUAUACGAUAGGCUUCAACGAUUGAAAGAAAGCGAAAACGAACCAUGGACGGAAAGUAAGACUGGGAAUUUUGUGAAAGGCAGAGAGCUUGAGGAUUCACGCCAGACUGCGAGACUGUCGUCCCCUAGUAGGAAUGACUCUGUCUUGUCGCUUACGCCGGCCACCACUCCAUUCGAUGGCUCAUACUAUGGGCAAGCAAGCAGUGGUUUUAAUCCCAAGGGCCACCGGGCACCUUCACUAUCAAUCGUUCCUGAUAUAUAUUUCAGCGGAGACUUUCGCCUUGAGAACCCCCGAACUUUCCAGGUGGUGAGCGAGCGAUCAGAGGUUGUGCCCCAGGACGCCCGGAAGGCAAACAAUACUCUGGCACCGAGAAAGCCACUGGCCACAAAUGCGAUUCUACAAGAGAAGCUGUCCUGGUAUAUGGAUACUGUAGAGCUGCAUCUGAUAAAUUCCAUCUCUAUGGCUUCAACGACGUUUUUCUCAGCUCUAGGCUCCUUGAAAGAAUUACACUCGGAAGCGGCUGAUUCAGUCGAUAAGAUAAUAACGCUCCGUAAGGACCUGGCAUCAUUGAAUCAAGAUUUUGUAGUAAAGGGUCUGGAGCUUUCGCAGAAGCGUCAAGUACGCCGUCGUCUCCAACUUACAAGCGAUGCAGUCUUGCAGCUAAAGUACAUCAUGGACAAAAUUACCUAUUGCAAGUCACUUGUUGAUGAAGGAGAAGUCGAGAAGUCUUUGGUUAAAAUUGAUGUUAUAGAGUCGCUGAUGGCCGGCGAACAUGGUGAGGUAUCCGAGGACGAAACAUUGAUGAAUAUUGAGCUACGAGAUAUACGCGGAGUCACAGCAUUGCAAGGCGCGGUCAAUGACUUGAUAGCUUUGCGGUCUAGAGUUGCCAAAAUCUUCGAGUCGAGGAUUCAUUCUAUGCUUAUCGAUGAUCUACAGCGCCAUAGCCAGUCAGUAUCAAAGCAGGAAGUUCUCCUUAGAUGGGAAGCUGCGUCACUAAGGGCCAAGGGAGGGUACGCACAAAAGCCUUCAGCUCUACCAACCUAUAUGACUCAGACUACUGAUCUACGUACGGCACUCAUGCCCAACAUUCACGGACUCUAUCGAUGUGGGUCGAUCUCGACAGCCAUUCAGGGUUAUCGAGAACUGGUGCUGCGAAAGAUUCGCAACGUGGUUCGAAGACCACUCCCUAGUUCUGCCGAUGAUACUGAAUCCGUAACGUCAGCUUCAACUAUCAGUGGAGGCCGCAGUCGCACAACCCAAGAGAAAUCUUUCAUCCUGGCUCAGAACCUCCGCUCUCUAGAAGCGGAAGAUGCCGAAGAGCUACUCUCUAGCUUAUUCAUUUCGGUUGCAGAGACGCUUCGACGGCUAAAAACCCAAUCCAGCCUCCUCUUAGAUAUCGCGUGCCUAAUCAGGAACCCUGAUUCCGCGGAUCCUAUCAAGUCUCCCAACAUUACCUCCCCAAUCGGCAGCCCAAAUCCAUCUGGGAAUGUGUCAAUGUUCGGUGCCCAGGAGGAAAUGCAUGUUGCACUUGAUCUCCCCAAUCUCUUGAGUCAUGGAGUGAACGUCAGUCACGAAAAGAUCACUAAGAUCCUCCGGGUCCGAUCCGAACAAACCAAAAAUCUCCCGCUGCCAUACUUUAUACGCUACUAUACUCUCAAUCUCUUCUUUGUCAAUGAAUGCGAGGCUAUCUCAGGGCAACCCGGCAUGUCUCUCAAGGCUAUAAUCAAUGGCCACAUCCAAGACUUCAUUCAGGCGCACGGCGACAGAGAAAACCAAGCUCUUGCCCAAGGGAUGAGUGCUGACCUGUGGCAAGACACGGAUUUCACACCCAAGUAUAACGAAAUUCUUCAGCAGAUUCUCGAGUGUAGCACAACAGACCCGACAGCGUGGACCGAGACAAGCAGGGUCUCGGCACCGAUAGCACAAGAUAAAGACGAGAUCACAGACGAUGCUGAGGAGUUGAUAUCAAAGGACAAGCUUAGAGGCGCCACCAUUGAACAACAGACUUUUCUCCUCCCGAAAUCCGCUAUUCUUUGCUUAGAGGGCAUCUCUCACUUUCUCCGACUGAUAUACGGUAUUCCAUCUAUGGCGGCAGCAAUCGCCUCUUCAUUGGUCUCAUACCUGCAACUAUUUGACUCUCGGUGUCGCCAGCUAAUCUUCGGCGCUGGUGCUCUACGCUCAGCUGGUCUAAAAAAUAUUACAACUACUCAUUUGGCACUCACAUCUCAGGCUUUAUCAUUUAUCUCUACUAUAAUCCCCCAUAUCCGCGAGUUUGUCCGUCGCCAUGCGCCCGCAAACCCGAUGACAGAGUUUGACAAGGUGCGCCACGCCUUUCAGGAGCACCAGGAUGGUAUUUGCCAAAAACUGGUCGAAAUUAUGGGCUCGCGAGCUCGCAUACUCUCCAAGAAAGCGCUUGAGACCGACUGGGGUAAGGAGAGCGCAGGCGACGUCCGCGAGUACAUGGUGGAUCUCACCAGGGACACGAGUAGACUGUACAAAGAACUUAGCAAGCGCCUGCCCGAGGAGGCGGUGCAGUUGGUCAUGGUACGCGUUUUUGCAAGUUACAGGGAACAUCUGGGGACGGCGUUCAAGGAAGCCAUCCUGGAAACAGAAGGUGGUCGUGAUUGCAUGCUUAGCGAUGUCAAGCAUCUUGACGAAAAGUUGAGCAAAGUAAACGGCUUCGACGACCUGGGCGCUCACCUCACCGAGAUUAUCAAGAGCAAAGAGGUUUAG